GUAAAUCAAAUCCAUCUUUGCUGUACAAAUUUUGACGGAGGAUAACUACUUUUUUUUUUAAAGAUCAGGUUUUCAGAGCCUAUAUAUAUCACGAUUGUGGCCAGAGCAUUUCACAUUCUCACAUUAUGGAAGGAACAUCUCGAUCUUUUCCUUACACCAUAAAAUUCGUUGGUCUACUUGGUAGUCAUUCUCUUGGUAGAAAUCCAAAGUUCAUGGCUACGGCGGUGGAUUUCGGAAGCGAAUUGGUAAGGCGAAAAAUUAGACUUACCUAUGGAGGAGGCAACGUUGGCCUUCAAGGAGCUGUUGCUUCAACAGUCUAUACCAAUGGUGGUAUAGUUAGAGGCUUUAUACCAGGGUACAUAGCAGCACGACAGGUCUACGGACCUACGUAUGGUGCAGAAUACACAGUUUCAAGCAAUUACUAUAAGCAUUUUGAGAUGAAUCAUGUAGUGGAGGCCUUCAUCGUACUUCCCGGAGGGAUUGAUACUAUGGAAGAUGACGCAGUGAGACAGAACUUCAUGGCUUCUAGUCAGAGAAAACUUUUCAUCUCUUCUUUCUCUAUUGAUGAGCUUUUAGACAAGCUAGCGUUUGCUAAAGCUUUUCCCGGUCCUGGGGCUAGUUAUGACGAAUUUGUAAAUCCUGGGGCAUUGGACUUAGACUUGCAUUUGUAAUAUUACUUUAUGUAAUUUCAGUUGAAUUUAUGUUGGAAUAAUAUUGUCCAUGAACAUUAUGAGUUGACCAUAAGUAUUAUUCUAAGCUGCAUGGCCAGUGCAAGUCAGAAAAAUAUCUAUUUUCAACAUCAGA